AUGUCUCGCCUCGUGCAUCUCGAUACCAAUGCGCUCCCGCUGAAGACGCCGCUGCUCUUGAUGACCGCUGAAGGCUGCCUCCUCGAAGUUGAUUCUAUGGUUCCGCUGGUUGAGCUUCAACAAAAGUGGUUAGGACGGGGAAUGCUGGAGAUCCGUAGAUCUGGAGCCCCCAGGGUUUUGACCGGAGGCGGCGGUUUUAGCCACGAGUACGACUCGGUUCAAUUGGAGCCAUUCUCGACUCCAAGUGGGAUGGUUGUAUUCAAGAACCGCUACAGUGAUCGAUGCCUGAGCGUGUCAACGGGCGGCCAAUACCAAAGUGUUGAUUCUUAUGCUGCUUAUGACGGCAGCGGCCAGGAGUGGCAUUUAUUGAGGCUCGUUCUACCAGCCACUGCCAGUUUUCGCCCCAAGGACUUAGCCACGGCCGCUCUUUCCCACCCAACUGCGCGCAGGAAGCUAACCUGGUGUCUUCUGGAAACUGGAAACCCAUGUGACAUGGUUGCCGAUAUUGUGAAGCUCCUAUACGGAAGAGUAAAUCCCAAGGCUGAUUUGAGUGUCGCGGAGCGUCAAGAGCAAGCGCUGCUGAAGCUGAUAUACCCAUAUUCAUCGCAAGAAACGAUUCGAGCAAUGAAGGUGCCCGUGGGCGGUCCAAACCUGCCUCUUCCUACCGAAGAUCCAGCGACAUCCGUGGUCAAGAGUGAACAAGCAACGGUGGACGCAAAAUACGCUGUGAUGGUGACAGCUCGUCAGAGGGUGGCGAUCAAUACGUCGCAGUGGGGUCUGCUAGCUUGA